AACUGUUAGUACCAAUCACCGCUACAUAUAAAAGGCCCAAAGGCAUCUCUUUUCCUCAUUUCUGUUUCUUUUUUUCUCUUUCAAAAAGCAUCUGGCGCCAGGCUCUUUUUUUUUUUUUUUGCGCCUUCCGAUAUAAACCCUAGUUACCAGAGAAAGAAGAAAUGCCGAGAGAAAUCAUAACACUGCAGGUGGAACAAUGCGGGAAUCAGAUCGGAAUGGAGUUUUGGAAACAGCUUUGCCUCGAACACGGCAUCAGCAAAGAAGGCAUUCUUGAAGAUUUUGCUACUCAGGGAGGUGACAGGAAAGAUGUCUUUUUCUACCAAGCUGACGAUCUGCAUUAUAUCCCAAGUGCUUUACUCAUUGAUUUGGAACCUAGAGUAAUUAAUGGAAUUCAAAAUGGUGAAUACAAAAAUCUCUACAAUCACGAAAACAUUUUUGUUUCUGAUCAUGGUGGAGGUGCUGGAAACAACUGGGCUAGUGGAUAUCAUCAGAUACGCUCACAUGCGUUAUCUUUUGCAUUUUAG